AUUUCUUUUCGGCCAAAAGUAAAGAGUGGUUAAACGACUCUCAAGUCUCAACAUUAAAGGUCGAGAUUCACUCUCUCUCUCUCUCAAACCCAUAAAAUCCAGUCAAUUCCAACCCAGUUCUGCACUUUCUCAUCGAAAAUGGACCCAGCAACCCCAAACGACCAAAUAGCCUUCGAAUUCCCUCCCCUCUUCCGACUCUACAAAGACGGACGCGCUGAACGACUUAAGGGCACCGAAACCGUCCCGCCUUCUACCGACCCGACUACCGGAGUCCAAUCCAAAGACAUCGUCCUCUCACCCGAGUCCGGACUCGCUGCCCGCAUCUACCUCCCCAAACUCUCCGACCCGACCCGGAAACUCCCUUUCCUCCUCUACAUCCACGGCGGCGGCUUCGUCAUCGAGUCCCCAUACUCCCCUAUCUACCACACCCACCUCAACUCCCUCACUGCCAAAGCAAAAGUCGUCGCUUUAUCCAUCCACUACCGCCGCGCCCCGGAGCACCCCCUUCCCGCCGCUUUUGAAGAUUCCUGGGCCGCAUUUGAAUGGGUCGCGGCCCAUUCGAGUGGCAACGGGCCGGAAGCCUGGCUGAACGAACACGCGGACUUUAACCGCGUGUUCGUGGCCGGAGACAGCGCCGGUGCCACUCUGGCGCACCACGUGGUGCGUCAGAGUGGAGUGGAGGGAGUUAGUGGGGUUAAUAUUGCGGGGGUUGUUUUGUUUCAUCCGUUUUUUCGGAAUGAGAGGCCGGAUAAGUUGUUGGAGGUGAUAUAUCCGACGGGCGGCGGGUCGGAGGAUCUGAAAGUGUACCCUGGAAAGGAUCCGAAACUGGGGAGCUUGGGAGCUGGGAGAGUGUUGGUGUUUGUGGCGGAGAAGGAUUUUCUGAAGGACAGGGGAUGGAGUUAUUAUGAGGCGUUGAAGAAGAGUGGGUGGGGUGGAGUGGUGGAGAUUGAGGAGACUGAAGGAGAAGAUCAUGUGUUUCAUUUGUUCGAUCCGAGCUGUGAGAAGGCUGUGAGCUUGGUGAAGAAGGUAGCUGCUUUCAUGAAUCAGGAGUAAGCUAUUAGAAAUGUGUGUGUUGUGUAGGAUAUGAAAUCAUAAUAAGGUCUGUCCAUACUAGUUGAUAUGAGCAGAUUGUAACUUAUUUUCUGUAUUUACUUUGUUAUGUACGAUCACCAUUACAUACCAUAAUGAUUGAGGUUCUAAUA